AUGGAAGAUGCUAAUUGCAGAGUGUCUUCUAAAAAAGAUGCUGCUAUAGGCUUAAAGCCAACUACCUAUAAAAGCAUUGUUCUUGGGCACAAAGCUGUACAAAAAACAAGGGCUCAUGUAAAUGAAGUCACAGGUUUAUGGCCAUACAAACUGUGGCAUUUCUGCCACUAUUACAAAAUGUUAUGCACCUGUUAUCUCAUGUAAAUGCUUGUGUCUGAACAUGCAUGGAUAUAUUUUUUUGAGCAUGAGCUAGGCAUGUGGGAAAAUGUUGAUGUAUAAUUGUGAGCAUCACUGUGUACAGGUAUGCAGCAUAUUUUGUGAUUAGUUCUGUGAAUGGAGUUAUGCAAUAG